AUGACUAGCAACGGGUGCUCUACAACAUACAACUCUGCCACUACAACAUACAACUCUGCAGCUACAACUUGCAACUCUGCAGCUACAACAUGCAACUCUGCAGCUACAACUUGCAACUCUGCCGCUACAACAUACAACUCUGCAGCUACAGCAUACAACUCUGCAGCUACAACAUACAACUCUGCAGCUACAGCAUACAACUCUGCCGCUACAACAUACAACUCUGCAGCUACAACAUACAACUCUGCAGCUCAUGCUGUAGUAUGCCUGAGUUGCAUUAUUUUGAUAGGCUUGUCUACAACAUGCAACUCUGUCGCUCCAACAUGCAACUCUGCCGCUACAACAUGCAACUCUGCAGCUACAACAUGCAAAUCUGUCGCUCCAACAUGCAACUCUGCCGCUACAACAUGCAACUCUGCAGCUACAACAUGCAACUCUGUCGCUCCAACAUGCAACUCUGCAGAUACAACAUGCAACUCUGCAGCUACAACAUGCAACUCUGUCGCUCCAACAUGCAACUCUGCAGAUACAACAUGCAACUCUGCAGAUACAACAUUCAACUCUGACGCUACAACAUCUACAACAUCUACAACAUGCAACUUUGCACCUACAACUUCUACAGCAUGCAACUUUACAACUAAAACAUUUACAACAUAUAACUCUGCAGCUACAUCAUGCAAUUCUGCAGCUCCACCAUGCAACUCUACAGCUACAUCAUCUACAACAUGCAUCUCUACAGCUACAACAUCUAUAACAUGCAACUCUAUAGCUACAACAUGCAAUUCUGCUGCUACAACAUGCAACUCUACAGCUUCAACAUCUAUAACAUGCAACUGUGCAGCUACAAAAUCUAUCACAUGCAACUCUACAGCUACAACAUCAAUAACAUGCAACUCUACAGCUACAACAUAUACAACAUGCAACUCUGCAGCUACAACAUCAAUAACAUGCAACUCUACAGCUACAACAUAUACAACAUGCAACUCUGCAGCUACAACAUCUAUAACAUGGAACUCUGCAGCUACAACAUCAAUAACAUGCAACUCUACAGCUACAACAUAUACAACAUGCAACUCUGCAGCUACAACAUCUAUAACAUGCAACUCUACAGCUACAACAUGCAACUCUGCAGCUACAACAUCAAUAACAUGCAAGUCUACAGCUACAACAUAUACAACAUGCAACUCUGCAGCUACAACAUCUAUAACAUGCAACUCUACAGCUACAACAUGCAACUCUGCAGCUACAACAUCAAUAACAUGCAAGUCUACAGCUACAACAUAUACAACAUGCAACUCUGCAGCUACAAUAGCUAUAACAUGCAACUAUGCAGCUACAACAUCUAUAACAUGCAACUCUACAGCUACAACAUUCAACUCUGCAGCUACAACAUGCAACUGUGCAACUGCUAUAUCUACAUCAUGCAGAGUAGGCAACGGAUCAGUGGUUGGUCAGCAGCAAUGGUUGUCACAAAGAGACACGUCAGGCAGUGCUCCCAUUACUAUCCAGUAUACCUCUCUCAGAGGCUGCUGCAAUGUUCCAAUAAAGUACAACUUCCAUGGUGAUUCUACUGCAACCUACACUGAGGUUGUGUAUAAUGCCUAUGUCAACCGUGUCUUCACACAGUUCCAGUUGAAAGCAGGUGUCCGAGGAAAGCAAGCUCAUAAGAAGUUUGAUGCAAAGCAAGCUCUUAUGAAGUUAAAAGCAGAGCAUGCUCAUAUGAAGUUAGAAGCAGAGUUAGCUCAUAAGAAGUUAGAAGUAGAGCAAGCUCAUAAAAAGUUAGAAGUAGAGCAAGCUCAUAAAAAUUAG